GGCACCUGCGAGGAGGCAUGUGUCAUCUCUCUGUCAUUCAGUGUUACAGGAACACAGCCACGGACGUUAAAACACAGGAUGCACAUCUUUUGGACCCUUCUCUUUGUCUGUCUCGUGGCAGCUCCUGGAUGCUCAAGUCUUCCAACAAAGGGAGACUCCAUCAAAAACACUAUACAAACUAUAACAAACAUAGCUCAGAUAACCCUGGUCCACAUCAAGAAACUAAGGACAACGUUGCCGGUGGCUCCACAGAUCGAACUCAGCACUCCCUCCAUUGACGGACUAACUAGCAUCACUCACAAUCUCGGACUUUUGGACAAUGAACUGCAGAGCCCUCUCACAGAGCUCUUCACUCAGAUUCAGGCCGACGUCUCCAGCUUGGAGGGGCGGGUGCGCUCCCUCGCCAUCACUAUGGAUUGUCCCGUCCAGCCCAAACCCAGCAGAGAGGCCAGUGACACCGUGUUCCCCGACAGUCAACUUCACCAGACCCUGACCAAGGUGCAGCGCUACCUGGAGACGUUUAUUCUCCACAAGGACAAACUCAAGGUCUGCUGAGAAAUCCACUCUUACAUCACACUUACACAACGCUAAGAUUUGCCAUAAUGAAAAAAUAUAGGCGAGUUUGCACAAAUAGCUCAGUGUAAUCAACAAUGUAUUUUGUCUUUGCACAUGGUUUUUAAAAAAAACAUCUCUGCUAUAUUAUUCUUCCUCUGGUUGCUAAACAUUUUGCAUGGAAUGCAAGUAGCUUUUUGCGCACAAAAGUUUAAAAAAUAUGCAAACUGUGGACUUAUUUAUAUGAUUUGAAUGAUAUUGACUGUUUGAAUUUUGGAGAAAGUGCUCCGGCAUGGUUUACAAUUUGAAGCACGUUUGUGUGUUGGUAUGGGUAUUCUAUUAUGUGCAAGAUAUUUGAAGGAAAAGUAUGAAAAAUAUUGUGCAAUAAUGAAGGUGCAAUGCAUUUGAUAUGAAGUGUAAUGUUUAUUAUAAUGUUUUAUUAAGCUGAAACAUUAAGCUUGUGGUCAGUUGGAUGUAUGAAUUUUUAUCUAAAAUAUCAUUUAUCAUGUUAUAUGUAGAAGUAAAGCUUUUAGUCAGUAUGUGAAGCCUGUUGAAUUUGUUAAAGGUGUUUGUUUUUUCUUUUUCUAUGACAACAUUAAAAUGUCGG